AGGCAGACGCAGCACGCAGCCGUCGAGAGGGGCACUCGCGCAAGGGCCGCCGUGUGGUGGGCCGUGGUGUGAGGGGAGGGCGGAGGAUCGAGUGGAGGGCAGGACGUGGGCGGGUGCAGCACAGUGAAUGCGCCGUCGUCGUGGGGACACGAGCCUUUGGCGACUGUGCGGGCGGGGGUUGUUGACGUGCGACGUGCGAACGGCGCUUGUCUGCUGCUUCACAGGCCACGCUACGCUGGACAAGGACAACAGAGGGCAGGCAGGGACGUCUUCAGGCAAAACAGGUCCAGGUCAGGUCAAGGACGAUGGCUCGCUCGGGUCAGCCAUGCAUCUUGCUUUGACCCUUGGGCUGCUGCUCUUCGGUUGGCUGGCCCGUGCUGGACCAUUACUCUCCCUCACAAUCGUCAUUCCCGUGCAUGUCAGUGCCUCACCCACAUGGUCGACACACACUUCACGUGAGACAGCUUGGGAACUUGAUGUGACUGCAUGAACAAUAAAAUUGACUCUGGUCCUGGUGAUCCCUGCCUCGUCUUCGCAAGCCGUGCAAAAGUCCCUCCCUUGAAUAGAAUUACACACACAUCUUACACCCGCUCCU